GUUCUGCCACAAUAUGGCAGCGCUUACUUGAAAAUAAAACUUUAGACUUACAGUUUGCCUUUGACCAAGCUCGCACUCUAGAAACGGCACAGAAACUUUCUUCCUCUUAUGCUCAGCCAGGGGCUACAAACACUGCCAUGGCACUCUCAUUAGACCUGGAGGACUUAGGAGGACAAGAAAGUGUAGAAGAAAAGGUUAACACAGUUUCUGCAGCUAAAACUAGUGGUUUAAAGUGCUUCUUUUGUGGUUACACUCGACAUCCUCACAGUCGAUGUCCAGCUAGAGAGGCUCUGUGUAUGAAUUGCAAGAAAAAGGGUCAUUAUGCUAAGGUCUGCCGAUCUCUGAAACAGACUAACAGUGCUUCAAACACCCAACAUUCCGCUGCUAUGCUCGCUACUUUAGCUGGGACUUCGCCCUCAUGCCUCAAUAAAUCAGUCCUUAGAUCUAAGAUCAAUGGUAUUCCA